CAAGUAACACUCUCGACAAAACAGUGUUCCAAGACGAAAAACUCAACUUCUUUCCCUUGAGAACCUAAACCUGAUAAAAAAAUUUCAUUUUCAUGUAUAUAAAAAAGUAUAUAUUUUGUUGUUAAAGUGCUCCAAUACUUAACCAUUUCGUGUAUGCGAUUGCUUCUAUCUUUUGUUUGUUCAUAUAUACAAAAAGUAAAAAGUACCAUAUAAAAGCGAGCAUCAUUUUGAACCAAGGAUUUUCCUUCUUUAGCUCUUUGUUCAGUGGAUUAUUGGCUUUGUUUUCGUUAUUUUCGUUUGUUUUUCUUUCUUUUGAUUACCAGUGAAUCAACUAUUAGACAUUUUCUUUAUUGUGCAUUUGUUUCUAGCGUGUUACAUAUUUAUUUUUCAUUCGUUCAUAUUCGUUUUGCGGACUAUAGAAAUGCUUCAUUGGGAUUAAUACUACAAUGACUUCCCUUACGUUUUCUUACAGGUAUUUACUGUUGUGUUUCAUUAUCCUUUGUACCCCUAUAAUAUACAAGAGUUUCCACAAAUCUCAAGUUCACCUUUCCGUUAAUUAUGAGCCUAUACAUUUUACAAAGAAGAAUGUACCGACUGAAUAUAAUGAUGGUAAGAACAAUCAACUACCGGCCCUCAUGAAUGCUACCUUGUUUAUGCUUUGCCGCAACAAAGAUCUUUCCGCGGCCCUUAGUUCCAUCCAGAAUGUUGAAGAUCGGUUUAAUCGUCGUUAUCAUUAUCCUUGGACAUUCAUGAAUGAUGCUCCCUUUUCAGAGGAAUUCAUAAACGCUACCUCUGCGAUGGCCAGCAGCAAUACUACUUACGUCCGGCUUGAACAACACGAAUGGGGCUUGCCCAAAGGUCUUAACAUGAAUCGUGCAUUAAAGACGAUCCGUGAUAUGAUGAGAAGAAGCAUUAUUUACGGCUUUUCUUUGAGUUACCGAAUUAUGUGUCGAUUCAAUUCCGGCUUCUUCUACCGAAAUUCUGUUUUAAACAAUUAUGACUAUUACUGGCGUGUAGAGCCUGGUGUUAUAUAUUCUUGUGAUAUUACAUACGAUCCUUUCCGUUUGCUUCGUGACGAAAAGAAAGCUUAUGGAUUUGUAAUAUCUUUACCUGAAUAUCCUGAAACAAUUCCCACACUUUGGAAUACUACCAGAGAAUUUAUCAAAGAGAACCCUCAAUACCUUGCUCCACAUAACUCUUUAGACUUUAUUACGGAUGAUAACAUGGGUAUGGACGGUGAAUAUAAUUAUUGCCAUUUUUGGAGUAAUUUCGAAAUUGCAGACUUGAACUUUUUUAGAAGCGAUGCCUACAAUGAUUACUUUGAAUACUUAGAUGAAAGAUUUGGCUUCUUCUACGAGCGCUGGGGAGAUGCUCCUAUACAUAGCAUUGCUGCUUCUUUAUUUCUAAACAAGUCCCAGCUUCAUUAUUUUGAAGACUUUGGAUACUACCAUAUGCCUUGGAGUCAUUGCCCUUCAGAUUAUAAUCUCCAUGCUAAUGGCCAAUGCAUUUGCGAUCCUGCCGACACCAUUGAGAUUCAGUAUGGAUUUUGUUACCCUAGAUGGCUUCACAAUAUGCGAGAUGUUAAUACAUAGACAAAAAAAAUCCUUAGACGUUAGCUUUACCCUCCUAUUAUAGAAUAACAUUAUAUAUAUAUA